AUGAACUCGCCUGGAAAAGAUUCCAUUAAAAAGGCUAUCGAAGAUCAUUUUUUAUGUAAUCUCAAUAUUGAUAAUUUCUCUAUUCGUAACGGACCGUUUAGCAACAUUAUGUUUGCCCGUACAGGCGGAGAAGAAGUUGUUCUUAAAUAUAUAAAAAGCGUUCGUUAUAAUAAUGAAGAGGAGUAUUACAAGAUAUUUGUUAGAGAG